GCAGUAAAGACGCGAAGCAGGAAGGAGAGGCAGAGAUAUUCUCAUACCUGCUGGCAGACAUGUCGGACUUACACCAGUUCAACUCCCUAAAUAUUAAUUUACUACAGGAACCCGUCCUACAGAAAGUCUGCGAUUUGUUAGAUCAGAAAAGCGACAAGGGUUGGAGGAAGCUCGCAGGGGUGAUCGCAAGCGACAGCCGCUUUAAAAUAAGUUCUCAAGAGCUGCACCAAUGUUCCCUCAAAGUGAUGCUGUCAGAAGGAAGCCCCUCACGCAGUUUGCUAAAAUUAAUGGGGGAACGAGGAUGCACCACAAAGGAUCUGACAGAGUUCCUACAGAGUAUCGGCCAGUCAAAUGCUAUUCAGUUGCUGAAGCCCCCAGGGAUUAAAGUCAUUAUGCAGCCCGAGCCGAUGGCUGUUUUAGCUGGACAAAUGGUGAAGCUGACAUGUGUAGGCUCUGGCCACCCUUUUGUCAAUUAUCAGUGGUUCAAGAUGGAUAAAGAGGUCCCACAGGGAAACUCUUCGGAGCUGGUAUUUAAUCCUGUUCAAGUGCAGGACGCAGGAUCUUACACCUGUCGCGUAAACAAUGGUAAUUCAUAUGAUUUCAGCGGAUGGGCUCAGCUAGAUGUGAGAGAGAGUCAUCUGAGAAGUCAUGCAGGACUGCCAGGAAUACCUGACUAUAGAGUACAGAUCUGUACCCAACCUCAGCCCCAAAGUCUUAUGCCAGGAGAGCGACUGGUGUUGGAGUGCGCUGCCGUUGGGAAACCCCUUCCCUGGUACCAGUGGUACAGAAAUGCUGUUGCCAUAAAAGACGGAACCAAGAAACAGUACACGGUCUCCAGCGUGUCUGCGGAGCACCAGGGGUUGUACUACUGCCAGGUCACCAACGGGAACGAGUCGGAACUAAGUAGAGAGGUUGAAGUCGUUGUUUUAGGAACUAAGAAGCUCUGGACAAAUACAGCAGUGGAGUGCACAGAAGAGGAAUUAAAAGUACUUACAAUCUCUGAAACAGGAAAUGAAGACCUUUUCGCGGUGGACAAAGUGGCGCUGCUGAUCGGAAACAUGUCGUACAAACAUCACCCUCAGCUGAAAGCCCCCAUGGUGGAUGUUUAUGAACUGACGAACCUGCUGAGGCAACUGGACUUUAAGGUGGUGUCGCUGCUGGAUCUGACGGAGCUGGAAAUGAAGAGCGCGGUGAAUGAGUUCUUACUUCUACUGGAUAAAGGCGUGUAUGGGCUGUUAUAUUACGCCGGCCACGGGUAUGAAAACUACGGCAACAGCUUUAUGGUACCCAUAGAUGCCCCCAAACCCUACCGACACACCAACUGUCUCUGUGUCCAGAAAAUCUUAAAACUGAUGCAGGAGAAAGAAACCGGACUUAAUGUUUUCCUUUUGGAUAUGUGUAGGAAACGGAAUCAGUAUGACGACACCAUUUUGAUACUAGAGAGCCUGAAGGUGACAGCGAACAUAGUGUUCGGAUAUGCCACGUGCCAGGGGGCCGAAGCCUUUGAAAUCCAAUACCCAGAUUUAGCCAACGGAAUAUUCAUGAAAUUCCUAAAGAAGCGCUUGUUAGAGAACAAAAAAAUCACAGUUUUAUUGGACCAAGUGGCAGAAGACAUGGGCAAGUGUCAGCUGACGAAAGGAAUGCAAGCUCUUGAAAUCCGUAGCAGCCUAUCGGAGAAAAGGGCCUUAACUGAUCCCAUACGACAGACGGCAUGUUCUCCGGAGGGGCUGGCACGGAACCUGCAGUGGGCAAAGGCACAUGAGCUUCCUGAGAGCAUGGCAAUCGAAUUCGACUGCGGUGUCAAAAUGAAGCUGGGUUUUGCUGCGGAGUUCUCUAACGUGAUGAUCAUCUACACGCGGAUAACAGAGAAGCCGGCAGAAAUCAUACACUGCAACGCCAGCAUCACCGACUUUCCUUUAGACUUAAACGUGGACCCAAAAGAAACAAACAAAGGAACCCCUGAGGAAACUGGAAGCUUCUUGGUGUCCAAAGAACUGCCCAAAUAUGGCUCAUACACUCGGCUUAGCUCCCUGCAAACCCUAAAGGAGAACCUAACCUUCACAGUAUGUCUGAGCUACAUGUAUCAAGGGAUCGAAGAAACGUUGGACGAGAACAAGAGAGUCGACGUAGGAAAACCCCUUAUAGCAAAGCUCGACAUCCACUCAGGAUUUAAAAGGAACUUAUCCGUCCAGACUUUGCACAGUCCGUGCCACAGCCCAGAGCUCGGCCUGGGGGUCGCUGAAGCCUCUCAUGUUUGUUCAAGCCCCCGCUAUUCUCAGCCACACUUUAAUGCCUAUCACUCAAAUGCAAGAACUGCCGUGUACCCCGGGACAGGUCCGACCGACAUCUACUCAGGCUUUUCUCCUGUCAGCAACCGAUCGAGGUACUUCCCAGAGCCCAUAAUAACAUACAAUGUGCCGGAGGAAACCACAGAUGAUAACAACUUAGAUUUUCCCCAAUAACAGACUUCACCUUGUGUUUUUUGGUUUUUUUUUUACUCCACUGUAUAUAGAUGGUUCAGCAGGUUCCAAUUUUGUAAUAAUGUUAUUAAUAAUAAUAAUAAUAUCAGUAUUCACGGAGGAAUGUAAUUAUUAUGUGGGCCUCAGAGCCAUUUUAUGUUAUAAAUUCAGUGUAAAUAUUUUAUAUAUUCUUAUACAGUGCUGCUAGUUUUACACAAAGAAGAAUAUUUCAGGCAGAGUUUGCCGGUACCUGGAAGGUUAAGUACUCGUGCUCCAUACUUGUGAACAGUUGAAAUAAAAAUGAAUGGCAUUUUAACUGAA